AUGGAUGAUCUGCUAGAACGGUUUAACUCUGUUAAAGUCAAAAGGAGAACCACCUAUAAAAAAGUUCAACAGAAUAGCACAGAUGAGGCCGCUGGAGACGAUGACUGCGUUCCAACGAGCUUGGCAGGAAACGGGUUUCUAUUCGGAAAUGCCACUGUAGACAAAAUAAAGAACAGAUUAAACAACGAAGACCAUCCAAACAGCAGCAUUGACGUUACCAAAUCAAGCUCAGAAGAUCAAAUCCCGGUGUCACAGUCGCAACUGCUGUCGACCUUAUAUGAUGGUGGUGAAGAUUUGGAGUCAUUAGAGAGGAAAAAGGAGAGGAAGAAACGUAAGGAAGAGCAAAAGUUACUGGAACAGAAGCUCAAAGAAAAGAAUGGGUUAGUUGACACUCAUGUCGACUAUACCCAGGUGAUUUAUGCCAACGCACCUGUAAGAAGAAGUACGAGGAAGGCUAAAUUGACCAAAAGAAACGCAUUAGAUGAGAGUGACCAGCACACAAACAAUUUUGAUAAGGUGCAGGAAAGUGAUUUGAGCCAUACAAAUGUCGGAAAUAAGUUGGAAGAGCAACUGGAGUCAAAGGAUGUUUCUAGACAGUUGAGGGACAUCAAAUUGCAAAGUACUACCCACUUACCCACUAGUACAUCUAGAACUCGCCAAAUUAAUUACAGUCCUACUUCUGAAGGGGCCAUUGGAGGUGAGCUACUCAAAACGCAGACCGUGAAUGCUCGGACUCAAGCUACCCAAGUCAUUCAUAGCGAUACACAACCGACACAGCUCGUCGAUACAGAUACACAACCAACUCAGAUUGUUGAUACGGAUUCACAACCAACUCAGAUCAUUGAUACAGAUACACAACCAACACAACUCAUUGAUGCUCAGCCCGCUCAAAUCAUUGAUGCUGAGACACAACCAACACAGAUUAUUGAUACCAACGCACAGCCUACUCAAAUUAUUGAUCCUGACACACAGCCGACACAACUAAUCAACUAUUCACAUGAGUCAAAUGGAAAGCAUAUUCCCACGUUGCCAGCUCCCGAUGCGUUACUCUCCACUGGAACAUCUUUACUUGGAUUGAAUAUUCCACUUCAUAGAUACGCGACGGCAGGUACAACAAGCAAUCCCAAACAUAAAAAUGACUCGCAACACAUUAUAGAGGAUAACAUUGCCACAAUGAGGGAUCGUUUGGAAACCCAGGAGUUUCAACCUACAGUAGCGGAUGAUGUAAAAUCAGGAGGUAAUACACUCAAGAUACACGAGAUUCAAACCCAGAUCGACGAAGAAACAAGAAACAUGCUAAACCGGGGUGUUGAGCACAGAAAGAGCCGGGGUGUGCCUUCACGCGUUGAAGUUAGAUUUACCAAAGAAUCCUUUAUGGCAGAUUUUGAAGAAAGUGAUAGCGCGUCAGAUAUGGAAUCCGACAGCGACCAAAUUAAUGACACCACUCCUGAGACAGGCAGCUCUCAAAAUAGUGAUUCCAAUAAAGCACGCAAGCCCACGGAAGCUCCGAAAACCAAAAGGGUUACCGGUCUAAGCUCUUAUGAAACUAUUCUCCGGAAUAAAGUCAAUGACGAUGAAUGUUUAGACCUCGGUUCAGACGAUACCUAUUCCAGUGAAGAAGAAUACGACAAAGAAUCCAAGGUUAGUCAAGCCUCCAAAGCAGCCGUUCUUAAUAUUAAGGCUAAAGCUCUCAAAAAGAAAGCAAUAGUAAAGGCGGCAAACACGAACAAAACAACGUUAGACAGCUUAUUUUCAGACUUGAAGAAGAAGAACAGGCAACAGAUUCUGUCUCACCAGGCUGAAAUAAUUGGAACCAAAGGCAUCAACCACAAAGAUCUAGAAAGGGAAAAAGAAAUUGUGGAAGAUUUGCUGGAACAGGAGAUCUUGAGAAACAAGAGACUCAGGGAACGUGAAAGGGAGAGAGAACAAAAAGAGGAGGAGCAAUCUGAUAUGGAUAACAAUUACAGUGCAAAUGAAUUAGAGAGCUUUGAUGACUCGGAUCACGAUAGCCUCAAUGAGGAUGAACCUAACAUUAACGAUGACAAUAAUUCUUCUAAUGGUGUUGAUUCUGAAGAUGAAGAAGAGUUCGCCGCUUUUCAGGUUUUGAAAGGAAAGAAAAGGAAGAACAUGCAAAUUCAACCAGAAUCUGACUCGGAAGAGGAAACGGUUAAUUCGAACGAUAAACGAGUAAACGCGCCUUCAGAGUCAAAACCGAUCCAUCCCGUCAACAACAUCAAUGCAAUUGAUCUGGGUGACUAUGGGAAUAAUUUGGAAAUUCGCGCCGAACUGAACAACACGGAGAAACUAGAUACUAAGUGUAUGCUUGACGAAAAGGAACAUGCGCGCGCCGUUGAUAAAGAGAGAUUAAAAACUAUAAUGAAAGAAAAAAAACUGAUGUUGAAACGGGCUGAACUCAAAGAGAAGGGCGUAAGUAAUUUCUUUGAAGAGGAAGCUGAGGAAUCUGAAGAUGAAUGGCAUGGUAUUGGUGGGAUUGAUGGCGAAGUUUCAGACGAAUAUGAUUCAGAGGUCGAAAAAAUGAUUGAUGAUUAUUCGAGGGCUGAUAUGGAUCCAGAGGAAAUACGAAAGCUACUGGUUAGCGAAAACAAAGAAAUGGACGUUAAGAUGGUUAACAAGAUUCUUUUUGAUAUAAAAAAUGGUAAUUUCAGGAAGAGGGGACGUGAUACAUUAGAAUUAGAACUCAGCGAUGAGGAGGAUGACGACUUACGUCAAUAUCGCCAGAAAAGAAACGAACUGAUGAAGCAGCGUUUAUUGGAUCUUGGUGAUGAUAAGAAACUGGUGAAAAACGUCAAAACCAAAGCGUUUUUCGAUAGCCUCGUGGAGGAUAUAGUAGAAGUUAAAAAUCCCUUUGGCGUAAUGUCAGAUAACGAGACACAAGAUACGGAUGAGACGACAACGAUCGACACUCAGACGAGAGAAUCUGUUUCGAAUAAAGAAGAAAAACCCACUCAAGAAAAAGGCAAGAAAACUGUUUUAUCUGAGGAAUUUGUUCAAAGAAGCUUGUCCUUUUUAAAUAGCAACAGAAAUUUGACAGAGUUUGAGCAAAACCAGGAUCUUGCUCGUCUCCAACACGAUGACGAUGUCAGUGACUUGUACACGCUAAAAAAGCAGAGUUCGGUUAAGUCCUUCAAAUCUGUAGGUUCCAAAAAUGAAAUUAUUAACGUGGACGCAAACGACAAUUCAGGCACUGCCGUUGCUACAGCAACUUUCAGACCGCCUUCCAUCAUAAAAUCAUUCAACUCGAAGUUGAAUGUCGAUGAUAAGUUCAGAAAUGGUAAAAAGACCGUCAAAACGUUCAAAUCGUACAAGGCUGUCGGUGGUUCCAAAACGUCAGUUACCUACAUGAAUAAAGUACGGAAACUAACAGCGCCUAAAUCUCUUAAAAAACUGCAUUCUACUGGCGGUGAGCGAAAAAUAUCUGCACAGACUUCCCAUUCGUUCAAAAGUAAUAGCAACUUUGACAGUUAG